CGACAAGAAGAAGCGCAAGCGCUCUCGUAAGGAGACCUACUCCUCCUACAUCUACAAGGUCUUGAAGCAAGUCCACCCCGACACUGGUAUCUCCAACAAGGCCAUGGCCAUCCUCAACUCGUUCGUCAACGACAUCUUCGAGCGUAUUGCCAGCGAGGCCUCGCGACUUGCUUCCUACUCCAAGAAGUCCACCAUCUCUUCCCGUGAAAUCCAAACCUCUGUCCGACUCAUCCUCCCCGGUGAACUUUCCAAGCACGCCAUCUCGGAAG